AUGAACAGGCCAGUGGUGCCUAUAGCAAAGGAAGCCUGUGAUGAAGCAGCUCAAACAACAUCACCAGCUGCCAAGGAGGCUGCAGAAACUGGCACCUUAGAAUGUCCAGUUAUGAAGUGCCGAGGCCUGCGCCAGGUGGCCCUCCCUCAUGAUUUGUGCGAUAAAUUCCUCACUGCAGCAGGAAUGAACACCAAGAAAAAAAUAGAGACAUGUGGUGUUCUAUGUGGCGCCCUGGUUGGGGAGGAGUAUCACAUCAGCCAUAUCCUCAUUCCUGUCCAGGAGGGAGGCCCAGAUUAUUGCUGUGCAAAGCAUGAGGAGGAUCUCUUCUUUAUUCAAGAAGGACUGGGACUUAUUACAUUAGGAUGGAUACAUACCCAUCCAACCCAGACAGCCUUUUUGUCAAGUGUAGAUCUACACACACAUUUUGCAUACCAAACGAUGCUCCCUGAAUCCAUAGCUGUGGUGUGUGCUCCCAAGUAUAAACAAAUUGGAAUUUUCACACUGACACCUACUGGACUACAAGAAAUAUCCGAUUGUCCACGGAGAGGGUUUCACGCUCACAGACAGGACACAGCUCUCUUCUGUCAUCCCUCAAAGACUAUUAGAUAA